AUGCCUCAACUUCUCCCAAACCGGAGGGCUGAGAAACACUCUCUUGCCACGGCUGGUCCUCAACCGACAACCCGACCGUCGCCUUCAUCGCCAGUAGUUCCAGGCACCCAAGGCAUCUGGAACAAGAUGGCAAUACCAUUGUUCUUGCUUGCGGCUCUAGCCCUCGCUUUCCGCAUGGCCAGCGGUACAAAUCACCAUCAAAAUGGCACUGCAAAGCCGAAUUUUAUCUUUAUUAUGACGGAUGAUCAAGAUCUGCACCUAAACUCCCUCGAAUAUCAGAACAUAGUCCAAAAGCAGCUGAUUGAAAAAGGCACCACAUUCAACAAACAUUUCUGCACUGUCGCAUUGUGUUGUCCGUCAAGGGUGUCUCUCCUUACGGGCAAGGCUGCUCACAACACCAAUGUUACCGAUGUGUCAUGGCCAUAUGGCGGAUACACGAAAUUUGCUAAACAGGGGCUCAAUGAGGCGUAUUUGCCCGUGUGGCUACAGAGCUACGGGUACAACACAUACUACACAGGAAAACUCAUGAAUCAGCACAGUACUCGCACGUACAACCAGCCCUUUGCCAAAGGAUGGACUCGUUCUGACUUCUUGCUUGACCCUGGAACGUAUAGCUAUCUUGAUGCCAUCAUGGCCCUAGACAAAAAUGAAUACAGGAGUAUAAAGGGCCAGUAUUCCACCGACGUCAUUGCGAAUAGGUCCCUGGAGUUCCUCGAUAAUGCCCUUGCUGCGGGCAAGCCUUUUUUCUUGGGUGUAACGCCUAUAGGUCCUCACGCCAACACGGGGUUUACGACACCGAUUCCUGCCGACCGACAUAAGCAUCUAUUUCCAAAUGUCUCGAUUCCCCGCUCUCCAAGCUUCAAUCCAAGUACACCCGGCCAUGUCAACUAUCUAAAGAAUCUUCCGCAAUUGACCUCUACACAAAUCCAAUACAGCGAUAAUUUUUAUCGCGCCCGGUUGCAGACACUACAGGCUGUCGAUGAGCUAGUUGGCGGCAUCAUUGAUGUGUUGGAGAAAGUCCCAGAAGUCCUUGCCAAUACAUACAUCAUCUACACCAGCGACAACGGCUACCACAUCGGACAGCAUAGAUUACCCCCCGGAAAGACGUGCAACAUCGAAGAGGACAUCAAUGUGCCCUUCAUCAUUCGCGGGCCCGGCAUUGCCGCAGGCAAAGAGGUCUCUUUCCCGACCUCCCACACCGACAUUGUCCCUACUUUGUUCAAACUCGCGGGGAUCCCUCUGCACGAAGACUUUGAUGGCGUCCCUAUCGCAGUUACGCCCGAAGACCAAAGGCGCCCGGUGCGCAAGAACGAGCACGUCAACAUUGAAUACUGGGGUCGGGGCUACCUCGAGGGCGAGGUAUUUGGCAACUUACAGGGGGCUUUUUCGAACAACACGUACAAGACUCUCCGUCUCGUCGGUGACAAGCACGACUUCAUGUACGGCGUCUGGUGUACCAACGAGCACCAGCUAUACGACAUGAAGACUGAUCCACACCAAAUGACGAAUUUGUAUGGAAGCGAGGAAGAGACUUCGGGAUACGACAUACCUGCCCUGUCUGCUCGUCUGGACGCCCUGCUGCUCACCCUCAAGAGCUGCAAGGGCAAAGUCUGUAGAGAGCCUUGGAAAACGCUAUUUCCUGAUCCCAAAGACAACGUCCGCUCGCUUGACGAUGCCAUGGAUACAAAGUAUGAUGAUUUCUUUUUCAAUCAACAGAAGAAGGUGACUUUUUCAGAAUGUGUAAAUGGGUACAUUACGGAAUAUGAGGGAGCGUUGGAGCCUGUGGGCUACGUGGACUGGGAUAGAUAUCUCUCUGAGAACAGGUGGGCUGAUGAGACUUGA